AUGGCGCUCAUAGCCGCCUCGCUGAUCUAUUCCGCCACGACCACAACGCGCUAUGGCUCGCUGGGUAUCGGUAUAUAUUGGGACCGUGACAUCAAUGAAAGAGUAAACAAAGUCUUCCUCUACCUCGCCGUCCCCAUGAUCGACUCCUUCCACCUCCUCGCACAAAUCACCGCCUACCUCAUGACUCCGCGCUCCUCCUCCACCUCCUCCUCGCCAUCCUCCCCACCCUCACUCUCUCUCCUCCACCCAGCCGCCGCCCUCUCGGGCGCCCUCGUCUCCUUCUGCCUCUGGGCCUACCAGGUCCCCAUCGCGGCGGUCAUGGACUACAUCGGCUGGGAGCAGCCGCGCGACGGCACCUGGAACGCGCUCGCCGCCGCGCGCUGCGCCGCCGGCGUCGCCGUGUGGCUGCUCUGGACCGCGAACGCGGGCUUCGCCGCCGCCGCCGUGCACGCGUGGCGCCGGGACAGGGCCAGGGUCGGGCGCGAGAGGGCGAGGGAGGAGGGCCGCGCGCAGGGGUGGGAGGAAGGGCGGAGGGAGGCUGAGGCUGGGGGCUUGGAGUUGAGGGGGUUGGGGACGACGACAGGGACGAACAAGGUGUCUGGUGAGACGAUGGUGGAUGUGGAGCUGGAGGGAGGAGGGGUUGGGAGGAAAGGCUGA